AUGAACAUGAAUAUAGAAAUCGAUCCGGCGACUUUCGAAAUCCCUCAAUAUUAUCGUUCGUUGAACAACGGUGAUUAUGGCAUAUGCAUAAGCGGAAAUACAGCUGCACGUGAAGUGGGUUCCAAUGGAAAUCUUGCAUCAAGAUACGUAUCAGAAGAUGAACUCUAUUUGCAAUUUGCAUUGGAACAAAGCAUGCGUGAAGCGGCAGGCCCACCAACAGCAAGUGCUAGCAGUUGUUUUGAGGGACCCGCGAGCAAUGUCUCGGAUUGGCAUGAAGACACAGAUUUAGCAUAUGCAAUAAGAGAAAGUAUACGAACGCUUCGUUUGGAGCAACUGAUGAGGGAAGAUGCUACACCUGUCGACGAUACCAAUACCACAGAGCGUCGCCAGACUUUCAUGGACGACGAUAUUCAGCUUGCAAUACGACUAUCGAAAAAGGAGGAGGAAGAAAGGCUGAAAGCAUGUGAAGAACAAGAAGAAGAGUUAAAACGUAUCAUUAAACUAUCUCUCAUCGAGAAAUGA